CAUGAAAGAGGAUGGGACAAACUUAAUUGCACAACUGAUUGGAGGCCAGUCACAAGGUGACCCUAUUCUCCAGCAAUUGCCUAAAGACCGAAAAAAGAACUAUGUUGUUCCAGUCUCUCGGCUAAAGACUUUGAUGUUGUUUAUUAUAUACACGGUAUGCCAUAAGCGUUAUCGUGGAGCUAUCGGCAUGGAGACAGUUUUCCUUGCCCUCGCAGAAAUUUUGAUUAACCAAGUUGCGGAGAGCGAUCCCAAUGUCGUUGACAUUGUACGGCCUGAACAAGGUGUCUUGGUCGCUGCUGGAGGUGUCAUCUGA